AUGGGGACCACACCACGCGAUGACCCCCUCCUCUCGAUCCUCGAUCGCUUCACGCCUCUUGAGGCGCGCGCCUCGCUGCCGCCGAGCAAAUUCGUGUCUCCUCCUGGCCCUGCAGCCGAGCCCAUCAUGCGGUUCGUCCGCGAGUGCCACCGCGAGCCCGUCCCGCACCUGACACCGAACGGACCGGGCCAAGAAACGCUGCACGAGCGCUCGGCGGAGCGUCACCCCGAUGCGGCGCGGCGGGCUGGUGCAGAGCGGGCGGCGGCUGCCGUUCGUGCGGACGCGGCAGUGGCAGCCUUCCGUCGCCGGCUGUGCCCGUGGCAGACGCUCUGCGAGGAGGCGUCGCUGCAGCUGAUGCGACGGCUCGACCUGCCGACCCUGCUCGCUCUCAAGGGCACCGACCGGGCAUCCGCCGCGCGCGCGCGCGCAACACUCGCCUCCGUGCGCUGGCGGACCACCGGAUCAAACGGCGCCGACCUCGCCGCCCGGCUGCCCGAGGCGAAGGCUGCCGGGUGGCUGCGAUCGCGGAUCACGCCGUCGAGCGACUUUGCGUCGCUGACGGCGCGGGCGCUGCGGGCGGAGCUGGAGGUGGCCCUCUCGCUGCCGCCGGGGGCGCUGCGCAAGCGCAGGGCCUGGCUCGACCGGCUCAUCCUC